GUAAGUUGUUCAAUUCUACUUUCUUUGUUUCAAAAUCAAAGUUUGUAAAUUCUUACCAUCAAAUUAUAUAUAUACUAAACAAGUAGGUAGAUUGAGUAUGUAGUUGCAUUACUUAGCAUGUAUGGAAGUUAAGUUAUAAUAUACGGAGAAAAAUAGAAAAUAGAAAGUGGGGUGGGCAAAGUAGCAAAAUAAGAGGUGUUAUACAAUAUAUUUAUUGACCAUAUUAUAUAUCAAUUCAUGUGAUUUGACCGUUAUAUAUACACUCUUUUUGUUCCAAAGAAAAAAAUUAGGAAAUCAUCCAAAAACAAAUUGCUCUUAUUAUGGAUGGUUCUUCUACUUCUACUUCUCUAAAACCAUGCAAAAGUUCAAUGUCCGAAAAUCAGGCCUCCAAAAAAAGGAAGUUAGAGGAUGAUGAGAAGAUAGUAGUGAAGGUUAAGAUUGAAGCAAAAAAGGGAGAUCAACAACAAAAGAAUAAUGGGCCUCCUUCUGAUUCUUGGUCUUGGAGAAAAUAUGGACAAAAGCCCAUUAAAGGAUCUCCUUAUCCAAGGGGUUAUUAUAGAUGCAGCACAAUGAAGGGAUGCUUAGCUAAAAAACAAGUAGAGAGGAGCAAAGAAGAUGCUUCAAUUCUUGUAAUCACUUACACAUCAGCCCAUAACCAUCCUAGCCCAGAUUACCAAAAUACUCCAAAGAAGAAGGCCCAAGACAAAACCCAAGCCCAUGUCAUUGAGCCCCAUUCUAGCCCAAAAAAUGAACAACCAAGCAACAGGAAAGAUAAUGUUGAAAAUAAUCCUUGUGAUGAAGGUCACCAGGGUAAUUUCCAUCACAUGCAAUCUCCAACCUAUAGCUUAAUUGAGACCAAAAAGAUGGUAAAGCAAGAUGAAGAAGAGCCUUAUGUGGUACCAUUUGACAGAUUUACCCCUUACUAUCCACUAAAUAGCUUUUUUGCCACUCUUCCCCUUCUCAAAAAUAUUACAUCAAAAAUAACACAAGAAAGCUUUGACUUCUUUGAUGAACAAUAAAUUCUCUUCUUUUUUUUUAGGUAGGUAUCGGUUUAGUUCAGGUGGUUCAAGUGAAAGUCGAAGAGAUGGAUAGGCAUUAGUUAAAUUAAGGUGAAAUGAGCCAGAAAGAGGUGCCAACCCUCGAUUUUUCUACUUAUUUUUUUUGCUUUUGUAUUUGCUCAUAUUACUUUGAGGAAAUGUAUUGUAAAUUAAUUAAUAACACAUGUUAGAUAUGCAUGAUACUCUGCCUUGCAUCCAAUAUAAAGAAUUUAUCGUGUUUUCCUAGAAAAUACCUCUUCAUAUUGACAUAAUAGUCACGUAUAUUAUAUUAGAAUAUUCGAAAAAUAUAAUCACAGUUUCUAAAAUGGUAAUGGUCGUGAUUCAUAUAGUAUUGAUAAAAUAUUGUUAUUGUUGGUGUUCACAAGGAUUUUAUUUUUGAACGAGGCAUUACAAUAGUAUAAAGUAUAACAUGCUAUCUUUGUUUAUUGAUAAAAUAUUGUUAUUGUUGGUGUUCACAAGGAUUUUAUUUUUGAACGAGGCAUUACAAUAGUAUAUAGUAUAACAUGCUAUCUUUGUUUAUUGAUAAAAUAUUGUUAUUGUUGGUGUUCACAAGGAUUUUAUUUUUGAACGAGGCAUUACAAU